AUGAAGUUCUCCGUUGCGUCCACUUUCGUUACCCUCCUGGCCGUCGCCACCGCCGCCACGGUUGAGACCCCCGAGCAGUCCCUUGAUCGCCGUGCCGUUCUCCUCAUGGAGCGCCAGGGUGCCAACGGCAACAGGCCCGUGCCUGAGGGAUCCUGCUGUGUUGGCAACCUCUCGCUGAAGCAGGAUGUCUGCCGUGUCAACGGCCAGAACGGACGCUGUGUCCCUUCUAGCAGUGCCAACUGCAAUGCUCGUCUUACCUGCAUUCAAGAUAGCGCCCUUACCUGCGACCCCAACAGGCAGGAGCGUGGCCGUCCUUUCUGCCGCCCUAGCAACGGCAGGAAGCGUGACGUGUCGGAGGCCGAGGCCGACAUCAUCGACGCUGAGGACGCCGAGGAAGAAGAGUAA